CCAAUACUUUUGUCUAUAUGGUGUCUAUAGGAAAUAGCACGGUGUGUUGUUUUAAACUCAUUUGUUUUGAGAGUGUAUGAACGCACUUCUUUCCACCGUUACAUUUGUGAAUCAGUUUCCUACCAAAGGAGCCGACUCAAAGAGUCGACUCAGUCCGGAACGACACAUCCCUCGUAAUGAAUCCUUCCAAAGUGAAAGUGAUUCUCUCUCCGCCUCGACUCCAUUUCGGGAAGCGUUUGGAAAAGUUACAAAUCUCCAGGCAGAAUCGGGGAUAUUAAUGUCACAGAACAAGGACUGUUGACUAAAGUUUACAGCUUCGGUUAUUUUCAAUGGACGGAAUGGCAAGUCCGGACAAUCUGUUCUGCGCCAUGGUGCUCCGCAAAUAAUUUUUUAUUAGCUUCAGUUUAGAAAAGGAGCGCCCUGCUGAAGCAACAGUUUGUCUCCAGACUCACUGGGACCCUGAUCAGGAUAAAUCACUGAAAAUGAAUAAAUGAAUGACUUGGUGAAGAGAAAGUGAGAGGUCAGACCCUGUGUGUAGGAGUGUGAUCCAUUCCAGCAGAAGAUCAGACUCUUCAGGACUCAGCUGUGUGUUUGUGCAAACUUUACUAAUAUUCAGAGAUGAAGACUCCUGAUCUAGACACAGAUAAUGUUUCCCCACCAUCAAACAAUUGUAAACUCCAGGGAAAGAGAUCAGAAUCAUCAGCACCCAGCUGUAUCUCCAUGAAGAGUGAUCAGUCUAUGGAUCUUCCUCUGAGGUUUAAAGAUGGAGACUCCUCACUUCUACACAGUGUUCUACAGAAGGCAGGAGACAGAAGAGAAAUGAUCACCACAGAUACAGGGCAUGACCCAGAAUCUGUGGCUGUAAAUGAAUUCCAGAAAAAGUUCAAAUUAAAUCUGAUGAAGAAGUUUCAGUGUUUGAAUGGAGUGAUAAUAAACCUGGGAACCCAAACCCUCCUGAAUGAGAUCUACACAGAGCUCUACAUCACAGAGGGAGACAGUGGAGAAGUCAAUAAUGAACAUGAGGUGAGACAGAUCGAGGCAGCAUCCAGCAGAGCAAUGACAGAGGAAACACCAAUCAUAUGCAACAACAUCUUUAAGCCUUUAUCUGAACAAGAUGAACCCAUCAGAACUGUUCUGACAAAAGGAGUCGCUGGCAUCGGAAAAACAGUCUCUGUGCAGAAGUUCAUUCGGGACUGGGCUGAAGGGGAAGAAAAUCAGGACAUCCACCUCAUAUUUCCACUUCCUUUCAGAGAGCUGAAUUUAAUGAAGGACCAGAAACUGAGUCUGAUGGAGCUCCUUCAGUUCUGUUUUAAGGACACAAAAGAAACAGAAAUGUCCAGUUUGGAAAAGGUUCUGUUCAUUUUUGACGGAUUGGAUGAGUGUCGUUUUCCUCUAGAUUUCCAGAACACAGUGAGAGUGUGUGAUGUAACUGAAUCAGCAUCAGUGCCGGUGCUGCUGAUAAACCUGAUUAAAGGGAAUCUGCUUCCCUCUGCUCUCAUCUGGAUCACCUCCCGACCAGCAGCAGCUGAUCAAAUCCCCUCUGAGUGUGUGCAUCGAGUCACAGAGGUACGAGGGUUCAAUGACCCACAGAAGGAGGAGUAUUUCAGGAAGAGGAUCAGUGACCAGAGCCUGGCCAAUAACAUCAUCACACACCUGAAGUCAUUAAGAAGCCUCUACAUCAUGUGCCACAUCCCGGUCUUCUGCUGGAUUUCAGCCACUGUUCUAGAGAGAAUGUUGGGUGAAGCAGAGAGUGGAGAGAUCCCCAAGACUCUGACUCAAAUGUACACACACUUCCUCAUCAUUCAGACAAACAUCUUAAGAGAAAAAUACCCAAAGAAUCAGGAGAGUGAUGAAGAAAUGCUUCUUAAACUGGGAGAACUGGCUUUUCAGCAGCUGAAGAAAGGGAACCUGAUCUUCUAUGAGGAAGACCUGAGAGAGUGUGACAUUGAUGUGAGAGAAGCAGCAGUGUACUCAGGUGUGUGUACACAGAUCUUCAGAGAGGAGUUUGGACUUCACCAGAGUAAAGUGUACUGCUUUGUUCAUCUGAGUAUUCAGGAGCACCUUGCAGCUCUGUAUGUACACCUGACCUUCAUGAUUCAAGAGAAAAUUGUUAGUGAUCUAUAUCCAUUCUCUAAACAGUGGAAUUUACACAAGAAUGCUAUAGAUCACACUUUAGAAAGUCAGACUGGACAUCUGGAUCUUUUCCUUCGCUUUCUUCUGGGUCUCUCACUGGAGUCCAAUCAGAAACUCCUACAUGCUUUAGUAACACAGACAGGAAGUAGCUCCCAGAGCAUAGAGGAAACAGUUCAGUACAUUAAGAAGAAGAUCAGUGAAGAUCUUCCUACAGAGAAAUCCAUCAAUCUGUUCCACUGUCUGAAUGAACUGGGUGAUAAUUCUCUAGUGGAGGAAAUCCAGCACUACCUGAAAUCUGGAAAACAAAGUGAACUCUCUUCUUCACAGUGGUCUGCUCUGGUGUUUGUGUUACUGACCUCAGCACAGGAGCUGGAAGAGUUUGACCUGAGUAAAUAUUUCAGUACAGAUAAGAUAACAGAAGCUGUUGUUCUGAAGAUGAUGCCUGUGAUCACAGCCUCCAGAAAAGCAAUUAUCAGGUGUGAUUCACUUGGAGAGAAAAGUUGGUCAGCUCUGGCCUCAGCGCUCAGAUCAGAAACCUCCAAUCUGAGAGAACUGCAUCUGACUGUGAAAACACUGGAUCUGUCCAAGAAUAAACUAGAAGACUCAGGAGUGAAGAGUAUCUCUGCUGGACUGGAGAAUCUUCACUGUAAAGUGGAGACACUGAGGUUGAGUGAGUGUGGUAUCUCAGAUGAAGGCUGUGCUGCUCUGACUUCAGCUCUGAGAUCAAACCCCUCACACCUGAGACAACUGUAUCUGUCUGAGAAUAAUCUAGGAGACUCAGGAGUGAAGAGUCUCUCUGCUGUACUGGAGAAUCCUCACUGUAAACUGGAGACACUGUGGUUGUGUAAUUGUGGUAUCUCAGAUGAAGGCUGUGCUGCUCUGAUUUCAGCUCUGAGAUCAAACCCCUCACACCUGAGAGACCUGAAUCUGACCGGUAAUAAACUAGGAGCCUCAGGAGUGAAGAGUCUCUCUGCUGUACUGGAGAAUCCUCACUGUAAACUGGAGAUACUGUGUAUCAGCUGUAAUUCACUUGGAGAGAAAAGUUGGUCAGCUCUGGACUCAGCACUCAGAUCAGAAACCUCCAGUCUGAGAGAACUGCAUCUGACUGUGAAAACACUGGAUCUGUCCAAGAAUAAACUAGGAGACUCAGGAGUGAAGAGUCUCUCUGCUGGACUGGAGAAUCCUCACUGUAAAGUGGAGAAACUGAGGUUGAGUGAGUGUGGUAUCUCAGAUGAAGGCUGUGCUGCUCUGACUUCAGCUCUGAGAUCAAACCCCUCACACCUGAGAUACCUGGAUCUGUCUGAUAAUAAUCUAGGAGACUCAGGAGUGAAGAGUCUCUCUGCUGUACUGGAGAAUCCUCACUGUAAACUGGAGACACUGUGGUUGAGUGAGUGUGGUAUCUCAGAUGAAGGCUGUGCUGCUCUGACUUCAGCUCUGAGAUCAAACCCCUCACACCUGAGAAAACUGAAUCUGACCAGUAAUAAUCUAGGAGCCUCAGGAGUGAAGAGUCUCUCUGCUGUACUGGAGAAUCCUCACUGUAAACUGGAGACACUGUGGUUGUAUAAGUGUGGUAUCUCAGAUGAAGGCUGUGCUGCUCUGACUGCAGCACUGAGAUCAAACCCCUCACACCUGAGAGAACUGGAUCUGUCCUGUAAUAAACUAUCAGACUCAGAAGUGAAGAGUCUCUCUGCUGUACUGGAGAAUCCUCACUGUAAAGUGGAGAAACUGAGGUUGUAUAAGUGUGGUAUCUCAGAUGAAGGCUGUGCUGCUCUGACUGCAGCACUGAGAUCAAACCCCUCACACCUGAGAGAACUGGAUCUGUCCUGUAAUAAACUAUCAGACUCAGAAGUGAAGAGUCUCUCUGCUGUACUGGAGAAUCCUCACUGUAAAGUGGAGAAACUGAGGUUGAGUGAGUGUGGUAUCUCAGAUGAAGGCUGUGCUGCUCUGACUUCAGCUCUGAGAUCAAACCCCUCACACCUGAGAUACCUGAAUCUGUCCUGGAAUAAACUAGGAGACUCAAGAGUGAAGAGUCUCUCUGCUGUACUGGAGAAUCCUCACUGUAAACUGGAGAUACUGUGGUUAGGUGGUUGUGGUAUCUCAGAUGAAGGCUGUGCUGCUCUGACUUCAGCUCUGAGAUCAAACCCCUCACACCUGAAAGACCUGAAUCUGUCCUGGAAUAAACUAUCAGACUCAGGAGUGAAGAGUCUCUCUGCUGUACUGGAGAAUCCUCACUGUAAACUGGAGACACUGUUGUUGUUUAAGUGUGGUAUCUCAGAUGAAGGCUGUGCUGCUCUGACUUCAGCUCUGAGAUCAAACCCCUCACACCUGAGAGUACUGAAUCUGUCUGAUAAUAAUCUAUCAGACUCAGGAGUGAAGAGUCUCUCUGCUGUACUGGAAAAUCCUUGCUAUAAACUGGAGAGACUGUGGUUGUGUGAGUGUGGUAUCUCAGAUGAAGGCUGUGCUGCUCUGACUUCAGCUCUGAGAUCAAACCCCUCACACCUGAGAUACCUGGAUCUGUCUGAUAAUAAUCUAGGAGACUCAGGAGUGAAGAGUCUCUCUGCUCUACUGGAGAAUCCUCGCUGUGAACUGGAGAUACUGGGCUUGUUUAAGUGUGGUGUAUCAGAUGAAGGCUGUGCUGCUCUGACUUCAGCUCUGAGAUCAAACCCCUCACACCUGAGAGACCUGGAACUGUCCAGGAAUAAACUAUCAGACUCAGGAGUGAAGAGUCUCUCUGCUGUACUGGAGAAUCCUCUCUGUAAACUGGAGACACUGUUGUUGCGUGAUUGUGGUAUCUCAGAUGAAGGCUGUGCUGCUCUGACUUCAGCUUUGAGAUCAAACCCCUCACACCUGAGAGACCUGGAUCUGUCCAAGAAUAAUCUAGGAGACUCAGGACUGAAGAGUCUCUCUGCUCUACUGGAGAAUCCUCACUGUGAACUGGAGAUACUGGGGUUGUGUAAGUGUGGUAUCUCAGAUGAAGGCUGUGCUGCUCUGACUUCAACUCUGAGAUCAAACCCCUCACACCUGAGAGACCUGGAUCUGUCCUUUAAUAAUCUAGGAGACUCAGGAGUGAAGAGUCUCUCUGCUGUACUGGAGAAUCCUCACUGUAAACUGGAGACACUGAGGUUGAGUGAGUGUGGUAUCUCAGAUGAAGGCUGUGCUGCUCUGACUUCAGCUCUGAGAUCAAACCCCUCACACCUGAGACAACUGUAUCUGUCUGAGAAUAAUCUAGGAGACUCAGGAGUGAAGAGUCUCUCUGCUGUACUGGAGAAUCCUCACUGUAAACUGGAGACACUGUGGUUGUGUAAUUGUGGUAUCUCAGAUGAAGGCUGUGCUGCUCUGAUUUCAGCUCUGAGAUCAAACCCCUCACACCUGAGAGACCUGAAUCUGACCGGUAAUAAACUAGGAGCCUCAGGAGUGAAGAGUCUCUCUGCUGUACUGGAGAAUCCUCACUGUAAACUGGAGAUACUGUGUAUCAGCUGUAAUUCACUUGGAGAGAAAAGUUGGUCAGCUCUGGACUCAGCACUCAGAUCAGAAACCUCCAGUCUGAGAGAACUGCAUCUGACUGUGAAAACACUGGAUCUGUCCAAGAAUAAACUAGGAGACUCAGGAGUGAAGAGUCUCUCUGCUGGACUGGAGAAUCCUCACUGUAAAGUGGAGAAACUGAGGUUGAGUGAGUGUGGUAUCUCAGAUGAAGGCUGUGCUGCUCUGACUUCAGCUCUGAGAUCAAACCCCUCACACCUGAGAGAACUGAAUCUGUCUGAUAAUAAUCUAGGAGACUCAGGAGUGAAGAGUCUCUCUGCUGUACUGGAGAAUCCUCACUGUAAACUGGAGAAACUGUGGUUGAGUGAGUGUGGUAUCUCAGAUGAAGGCUGUGCUGCUCUGACUUCAGCUCUGAGAUCAAACCCCUCACACCUGAGAAAACUGAAUCUGACCAGUAAUAAUCUAGGAGCCUCAGGAGUGAAGAGUCUCUCUGCUGUACUGGAGAAUCCUCACUGUAAACUGGAGACACUGUGGUUGUAUAAGUGUGGUAUCUCAGAUGAAGGCUGUGCUGCUCUGACUGCUGCACUGAGAUCAAACCCCUCACACCUGAGAGAACUGGAUCUGUCCUGUAAUAAACUAUCAGACUCAGAAGUGAAGAGUCUCUCUGCUGUACUGGAGAAUCCUCACUGUAAAGUGGAGAAACUGAGGUUGAGUGAGUGUGGUAUCUCAGAUGAAGGCUGUGCUGCUCUGACUUCAGCUCUGAGAUCAAACCCCUCACACCUGAGAUACCUGAAUCUGUCCUGGAAUAAACUAGGAGACUCAAGAGUGAAGAGUCUCUCUGCUGUACUGGAGAAUCCUCACUGUAAACUGGAGAUACUGUGGUUAGGUGGUUGUGGUAUCUCAGAUGAAGGCUGUGCUGCUCUGACUUCAGCUCUGAGAUCAAACCCCUCACACCUGAAAGACCUGAAUCUGUCCUGGAAUAAACUAUCAGACUCAGGAGUGAAGAGUCUCUCUGCUGUACUGGAGAAUCCUCACUGUAAACUGGAGACACUGUUGUUGUUUAAGUGUGGUAUCUCAGAUGAAGGCUGUGCUGCUCUGACUUCAGCUCUGAGAUCAAACCCCUCACACCUGAGAGUACUGAAUCUGUCUGAUAAUAAUCUAUCAGACUCAGGAGUGAAGAGUCUCUCUGCUGUACUGGAAAAUCCUUGCUAUAAACUGGAGAGACUGUGGUUGUGUGAGUGUGGUAUCUCAGAUGAAGGCUGUGCUGCUCUGACUUCAGCUCUGAGAUCAAACCCCUCACACCUGAGAGACCUGAAUCUGUCCAGGAAUAAUCUAUCAGACUCAGGAAAGAAGCUGCUCUCUGCUCUUAAGGAUGAUGAACAUUACAAACUACAGACACUGAUGAUGUAAUGAAUAUCUGUGUGAUGAAGACUCCAGUGUUCCUGCAUGUUGGGGAAUAGAGAAGAUGUUUAUAUUUUUAAAGUUUGUCGUGACAAACUUUGAUGUUGGCUUGAUGGAGCAAGUAGUCGAGAGUGGGGAGAUUUGAUGGCAAUACAUUUGGUGGAGAGCAGACAGAUAGGGUCCUGAUCCAUCUGGAGGCGAGUGGAGAGAUGGGGUGCCAAUACUUUUGGAGUCGGGUGGAUAUGUCACCAGAACACACGUCCCGAAGUUCCCCUCAGUGUGCUGAGUGUUUUGAUAUGUCAUGUGUGUAUGUUGCAGUAGUAUAGCCAUUUUGCUAAUUUUGGGGUGUGGCUCUACUGGAAAACUGAAAGUCCGAUCGGUUCUAAAAUUUUCUCCUUCAUCCGGCCCGAGAUUCUGAAGGAUCUUGGCGAGUUUGGUGUUGAUCGCUCAAAAGCCUGCUGAGUUAUAAACCUCCAAAGUUUUGAAUGGAAUUCUAUCUGGAAAAAGGCCAUUUUGAGCUUCCGUACCGGGAAUACCGGAAUUCUGAUCUCUUAGAAAAUUAAUAGCAACCAACUUCAGACCAGGAUGAACAACCAUGCCAAGUUUGGUGCAUGUAGAAAGCUGUAGGAGGAGUUACUCUUGAUUAAUUUUGUAAGAAAAAUAAUAAAAAGAAGAGAAAGUGUGAGUUCUGAGACUUUACCUGUGGUAUGGUUGUUGGUGCCAGAUGGACAGGUUCAAGUGUUUCAGAAACUGCUGAUCUCUGGAUUUUCACACACAACAGUCUCUAGAGUUUCCACAGAAAUGUUCUAUCUCUAAAGGUACUGGGAGAACGUGACUAUCCUGUGACCUGAAGUCAUGACAAUUACUGUUUAUUUGCAUUAUUUACAGUUUCAGUUUUACUUGUAAAUGUGUUUAGAGCUUUUUUUGGAUGAACUUUGUACAGAUUUUACAAUUAAUAAAGUAUAUU